UCUACUUUCACUUAGCGCAGAUCCACAGAAGAAGCAUGUAAGCUGUAGCUUGAGAAAGCUCGUGCAAGUAUGUCAAAGUUGUCAAUGAAAGAGCAAAGUGGCUGUCGAAAACUGUUAAGGUUAUUAACCCUGGACGACUUGUUCGCUCUUAAAGAUACAGUAACGAAUCGCCUGAUCGCUGUAGAGAGCACGCAAGAGGCCAUUGAGGCCAUCAUAACGUACUCACAAGACGCUGAGGAGCUCCUCAAGAGAAAGAAGGUGCACAGGGAUGUCAUUUUUAAGUAUCUGGCCAAUGAAGGAGUUGCUAUGCUCCCUAACAGUGAGAAACAGCAGUUGAUCAGGAGGACCAUUGAGUACUGGUCAUCUGGGGAGAUCUCAAACCGUGAGAAGAACACCAUGGUUUCAGAAGAUGUUGGAGAUGGUCUGUCAGACCUUCUAGCUUUGGGAAGUCAGUUUUGCCAGUGGUUCUUCACCCUUCUGAACUCUCAAAACCCCACUCAAGGGCAGCCGGCUCAAGACUGGGGUCCUCAGCAUUUCUGGCCGGAUGUGAGACUUCGGCUCCUGUCGUGUGCUGGAGAGCAGCGUGUCGAUGAGUUCAACGGGGCAGAGCUGGUCAGUCAGCGGCUUCAUGCUUUCGCAGGACAAGAGGGUCUGUUGUUCUGCCCCAACUUGGAGGGUCAAGGGUUAAAGUGUAUCUCUUCAGCUCAUGGACUAGUGUUAGUGGCUGUAGCCGGGACCAUCCACCGUGAAGAUGCCUGCCUUGGGAUUUUUGAGAAGGUGUUUGGGCUCAUUCGCUCACCAAUGGACAAUAAUCGCUGGAAAAUAAAGAUUGUGAAUAUAAAAGUAGAAGCACAGAAUGCCAUCACAGACAGAAAGUUACCAGUUAUUACAUACGACUCAAAAGAGAUGCUGAGGCUUUGUGACUGAGAGAUCUACACAAGGCUUUACGCGGCCCAGCUAUGCCGGUCUCCUGCUUGUUUUGUCACCUCAGUCCAUGGCCAUUCUGGGAAAGAGAGUGUGAAGAAAUGAUUCAUUUUACAGCAGUACUGUUACCGGUCUCAUGAGGGUGACACUUCAGGGGUCACUGUUUUUUGGAUCUUGGCAGAGAAAAACACUCCCACCCGCUGAAGCGCCACUUCCGAUCAAAGACCUAAUCCAAUUAGAGAACGGUAUUUUUACGGAGGAAUGAAAAUGGCAAACGUUAAUUUGCCAACUGAGGUCCGCUUUACUGCAGUGGCCCCUUUUUUUCUCAGAAAAGGAAGUUUUGCUAUGAUGUCCUUUAGUAGUUUAUUUCCCCGUGAGGUCUGUAAUUCCUGGAGAAAGUAUCCGAUGGCAUUCCCAUUCAUCUCCAUGGCAGGUUCUCAGGUGGCACAUCCUGCUAGAAUUAUGCAUCCUGAGUUUGGAGCACAUUUCUUUAGACAUCCACCUGAGCUAUAAACGCCAUGUGACUAAUCUCACUCGAGUCGCAG